AAUGUUUGGAUUCGAGUUUCCUGCCUGACAUUUCACGUCAGCCCGUGACAUCACUCUACUACUGACAGCCACCACGGACGCCUGCUGAGUACUAUCGGGAAUCCAGUGGCUGCUACCACAUCUGGCUAGCCUUAGCUAGUGUUGUGGUCUGGUAAUUCUAAGAUGCUACUGUAAUGAUUAUUCACCAGAUGUUUUGAAUGGGAAUUAAGAUAUUGCUUCGACCAGGUAUACUAGAAAUCUAGUGGGGGUUGGAUUAGCUGACCAGCUGCUUGUUGGCGUUUUGCGUAUUUGCUAGCUGGCUAACUAGCCAACUAGGUUAGGUUAGGUUAUUACAGAUUGUGCAUUAACCUUACGGCAUGAUCAACGUCAUGUUAUCAGCAUGGCUGGAUAAUUGAGACUGGUUUGCUGCCAUCAACUUUCAGGACAUCACAGGAUCAACAAUUUGAACUGCAAUCAAAGCAGGUUCAGAGCCAUCCAUGCUGCUGGCUAUUUUCAUGGUCUGAUGUCCCCUUGCCCCCGAAGUCUGCAAAUAUGAUGCCGAUGCUCUUGACCGUGUACCUAAAUGAUGGCGAGCAGGCUGCGUCGGAGGUGCCCAUCACCCCGGAGACGACGUGCCGUGAUGUGGUGGAGUUCUGUAAGGAGCCUGGCGAGAGCGGCUGCCACCUGGCCGAGGUGUGGCGUGGCAACGAAAGGGCCAUCCCCUUUGACCACAUGAUGUAUGACCACCUGCAGAAGUGGGGCUCCCGCAAGCAGGAGGUGAAGUUCUUCCUGCGCCACGAGGACUCUCCCGCCGACAACAGCGACCAAGGCAGCCAACAAUCUCAGGACCAGAGCAGUCGGUGGAGUGGGUCCAGCUCAGAGAAGCACAGCGAGAACGGGGUGGGUAACCCUCGUGUGGAGCUGACUCUGUCAGAGCUGCAGGAGAUGGCCAGCCGGCAGCAGCAGCAGAUCGAGGCCCAGCAACAGAUGCUCGUCGCCAAGGAGCAGCGUCUGCGCUACCUGAAGCAGCAGGAGCGUCGUCAGCAGCAGACAGUGUCGGAGGCGGAGAAGCUGCAGCGGCUAAAGGAGCGCGUGGACAGCCAGGAGGCCAAGCUCAAGAAGAUCCGCGCCAUGAGGGGCCAGGUGGACUACAGCAAGGUCAUCAACGGAAACCUGUCGGCGGAGAUUGAGCACAUCAGCGGCAUGUUCCAGGAGAAGCAGGGCGAGCUGCAGACGGCGGUGCUGCGCGUGGAACAGCUGAGCCAGCAGCUGGAGGAGCUGAGGAGAGGCAAGCUGAACGGCCUGCAGACCCUCAACACACAGCUCACCGGCACCGCAGCACUGGAACUACGCAAACUCUACCAGGAGCUACAGAUCCGUAACAAGUUGAACCAGGAGCAGAACAGUAAGCUGCAGCAGCAGAAGGAGCUGCUGAAUAAGCGCAACAUGGAGGUGUCGCUGAUGGACAAGCGCAUCGGGGAGCUGCGCGACCGCCUCUACAAGAAGAAAGCCGAGGCACGUCAAAAAGAGAACGUGCCCCUGAACCGGACCAACGGGCCUCCCUCUCCACAGCCGGCGCCGGGCAGUUCGGGUCGCGUGGCCGCCGUGGGUCCCUACAUCCAGGUGCCGGUUCCCGGGCGGCAGGAAGGGGGGUACACCGUACCGCCCGAGCCCCUCAAGCCAGCUCCCCUGGGGGUGAACUCGCCAGCCAACCACGCCCGCUCCAAAUCUGACGCAGUGCGAAAGCCGGCCGGCGCCUGGAAGGUGUCUGAUUUAGACAUCAUAGUGGACCCGGUCCAGCCGAGCCCGCCAGAGCAGCCGCCGCGGGGGCCCGGGGGCCCCCCCACAGCCGCCGGGGCCCCUCCCUCCUCCUCCUCCUUCUCCUCCUCCUCUUCCUCCUCUUCCUCCUCCUGCAUGGCGGGGUCGGACGGAGCCUCUCCUAACGAUGCUGGCUGGCCCACCAUUGGCAAGGGUAACGCCUCCCUCAAACCCCCCGACUGGAAGGAGUCUGGAGGAGGGGACGUCCCCAGCAAGACCCCCUCCCCGACUGGCACACCUGCCGAGAAGGCCCAGGACGGCGGUAAGCCCCCUCUCCCCACCUCGAAGCCCCAGCCCCCUCCGUACGGGGCUCAUACCAGCAGCCACCCCAACAGCGGCGGUGGCGGUAGCAGUGCGGGCAGCAUCAUGUCCUCCUCCUCCAACUCCGGCUCCACCUCCUCCCUGGAGCUCCGCAAGGACGUCAUCCCCUCUCGACCCGGCCCCAGCUCCUCCCCGGCCUCCUCCGCACCCCCUGGAGGACUUGGUGUCGGAGGAGGCCCCCCCAACCCCCUGCCGCCCCUCCCCGCCUGGCCCCGCACCAGCACGGGCCCUCCGCAGGGCUCCUCCUCGCAGCAGAUCCAGCAGCGCAUCUCCGUACCCCCGAGUCCCACCUUCCAGCCCAGCUCGCCCCUCUUCCCGCCGGGGGGUGGGGAGCGGGCCGACCACCCGCCCCUGGCCGUGGCCGUGCGGCCCUUCAUCCCCGACAGCAAGGGGUCGCGGCCCCAGUCGCCCCGCAAGGGCCCGGCCACCAUGAACUCCAGCUCCAUCUACCACAUGUACCUGCAGCAGCACGGCCCCAAGAACUACCCGCUCAAGCCCGCAGUGAGAGCAGUGUACGGGAAGCCAGUCCUGCACCCGGGCUCCACGCCUCCCUCCCCGCUCCCCUUCAACCCGGCCAUGGCGCACCACUUCCCCGGCCUGCUGGGGCCCACCGGCCAUCUCCUGCCCCCGGGCGAAGACCUCCCGGACGGGAUGGACCCUGCCGACUUCCCCCAUCUGAUGAUGAUGGGCCUGGGUAUGGAGGGGCCCGGAGGAGGAGGACACAUGCUGCCCCCGCCGCCCCCACCCUCCUCGGGCGUGGAGCACAUCCCGCGGCCCCUCAGCCCCACCAAGCUGCACCCGGUGGCCCACUCGCCGCUGCGUUACCAGAGCGACGUGGAGCUGGAGGUGCUCCGCCGCAAGCUGGCCAACGCCCCGCGGCCCCUCAAGAAGCGGAGCUCCAUCACGGAGCCCGAGGGCCCCUCGGGCCCCAACAUCCAGAAGCUGCUCUACCAGCGCUUCAACACGCUGGCCGGGGGCAUGGAGGGCCCCGUCGCCGCCGGGAUGCCCGGAAUGGGCAUCCACCCCCCCAUGGGCAUGCCACCCCCGCCGCCGCCACCAGGUGGCGUGCCGACGCCGUUCUACCAGCCCGGCGCCGGCACUGGCGGGGUGGUCGGCGCCGUUGGGGUGGCCAGCCACCAGGGCGGCGAUGCCGACAAUGGCAAUCCUCCGGUGUCGUCGUCGUCGUCGUUGUUGUCGUCGGAUGCCAUGCUCAUGGUUGGCACGGUGGUGGGCACGGUCGUGGAGGAGAUGGGCGAGGCGUUGAUGCCACAAGGAGGAGGAGGGGACGCCAAUGCCAACGACAACCAGCCUGGCUGCGCGGUGGUGACGCCGCCACAGCCAACACCGGCGGGCAACGAGGCCGUUCUGCUGCCACCGCCAUCGGAGGACGACAACGCCAAUAACAACCCCCCGACGUCUACCGCCGGCGCCACGCUGCUACCCAGCCCUGUAGUGGAGGCCACAUCGCCUGAGGAGACUGGUGGCACCCACGCUGCACUCCUGGAGAAGCGCAGUAACCUGAAGAAGCCGGAGUCUGAGCGUGCGGGUCACGGCCUGCGCGUCAAGUUCCACCCGCUGGCCCUGCUGCUGGAUGCCUCUCUAGAAGGAGAGUUCGACCUGGUGCAGAGGAUCAUCUACGAGGUGGAGAACCCCAGCAAGCCUAACGACGAGGGCAUCACGCCGCUGCACAACUCCGUGUGCGCCGGCCAUCACCACAUCGUCAAGUUCCUGCUGGACUUCGGAGUCAACGUCAACGCCGCAGACAGCGAUGGCUGGACACCGCUGCACUGCGCCGCCUCGUGUAACAGCGUGCACCUCUGCAAGCUGCUAGUGGAGUCAGGGGCGGCCAUCUUCGCCACCACCAUCAGUGACGUGGAGACGGCUGCGGACAAGUGCGAAGAGAUGGAGGAGGGAUUCAUCCAGUGCUCCCAGUUCCUACAUGGCGUGCAGGAGAAGCUGGGCGUGAUGAACAAGGGCACGGUGUACGCGCUGUGGCAGUACGAGGCGCAGAGCGGCGACGAGCUGAGCUUCAGCGAAGGAGACCCCAUCACCGUCAUCAGCCGCAAGGACGAGGCCGAAACCGACUGGUGGUGGUGCCGCCUCAACGACAAAGAGGGCUACGUGCCGCGCAAUAUGCUCGGGUUGUAUCCUAGAAUAAAGCCCCGUCAGCGCUCUCUGGCAUAACCCUGACUAUACACACCCACCCCACCGCUCUCUAUCCCACCACCACCACCUCCCAUUCGCCCCUCUCUGGACACCCCCUGCUGCACCCCAGGCAGAGGGCUGGAUCUCUGGCUGCCCUGGUGUGGUGUGGUGUGGUAUGGUGUGGGUGUCCUAGAGCAAGACAAGGCUGCUGGAUCAUCAUCCAGGCCGCAGCCCCACCAGCCCCCUCCAGCAGUCUCUAGGACCCAGUCCCCAGUCCCCAACCCCCCUGCCCAACCAUGGCCUCUCCUCGGGGGAUGGCGGCACAAGGGGCUACCAAGGCUGCUGAAUCACCCAGGCUGCUGAAUCACCCAGGCUGCAGAGCCACCAGCCCCCUCCAGGAGUUUCUAGGACCCAGUCCCCAGUCUCCAGUGCCCCAGCCCCCCUGCCCAAGCCAUGGCCUCUCCUCACGGGGGCAUAGGGGGCUACCCCAGCCCCGCCUGUCUCUAGGACCCAGUCCCCUCCAAUCCCCAGUCUCCAGCGCUCCAGCCGCCCUACCCAAGCCAUGGCCUCUCCUCACGGGGGCAUAGGGGGCUACCAAGCUGCUACCAAGACCCUGCGCUCCACCCCAGCAGGGAAGAACACCAACACUAGUGUUCACUUUGUGUCACUCCACACAGGGCCGAUGACUGCUUUGGACGGGUCCCAGGACAAAGUCAUACAAACUAUGUAAUGAGGACUCGAUUUUGGAAGCCCCCUCUCCCCCCUUCUCUCGCUGGGCCCAGGACAACCGGCCCCUUUGCUCGACGGCCCUGCCCACUACACUGUACUCCUCCUCCACACUGAUGAACUAAAAACAAUACACACACACACACACUACACACACACACACGUUACACACACAGAAACGGACAAGACACUUCACGGCAGGCAAGUUUAAGCAAGCUGAGAACAAGUUUACCUCUCGUUCCCCCUUCACCAACACCUCCAAAUCUCUAGUUCCCUAUUGGCCCGUUUCAGGCACCCCAGUCAAAGACUUCAACUGUACCUCUUAAUUCCACCUUUUUAAUGUGUGUGCGUAUGUGUGCUUGUGUGUGGGCGUGUGUGUGUGCCUGUGUGUGUGCGUGUGUGUGUGUGUGUGUGUGUAAAGAUGAAGACUUAUAGACAAGAAGUGCACGCAAAGCAAAUCGAAGCAAAGCGAAACUGAAGAUUUCUCUCUCUCUCUCUUUUUUUUUAAUGCAUUCCUUCUCUUCUCCUCCUCUCUUGGACACAAAGUGAUUUUUGUUCACGCAUUCAGUGCCGUGUGACGCUUCCUUCUCUUUCUCGACAUUUUGACGCGUGUCUACUACAAGGGAUAUAGUGUGCACAUUGGACUCUGGGCUUUUUAUUAUUGUUAUUAUUAUUAUCAUUAUUAUUAUUCCCUCACCAAGAUGAGCUCACGAGAUCGUGACGAAGAUGAACUUUAGAGUGCUGUGGAAUCUUAAAAAAGGACAGACCAACACUAGAGUGGCGGUAAGGAUUAGGUUUGCUCAGACAAAACCAUUGAUGAAUGAAUGAUGAGAGUGUGUGUGUGUGUGCGCGUCUGUGUGUGCGUGCGUGUGCGUGCGUGCGUGCGUGUGUGUAUUGUCUGCGUACCACGCGGGGAAGAAAUGUAUGCGUAUUGUUGGUACUGUGCAGACUAAAAGACUGCUUUCAGUGUAAACAGCUUCCGACAGGGUGAGUGAUUCUUCUCAACACUUACAUGACAGUAUUUCAACAUAAGGCGGGAAGUUAGAGGGCUUAAGCUGUAGCCGUCAUGGUACUUAGCCUUCUUGGGAUGACACAACACAUUGCACUUGUGUGUGUAAAUUGUGUGUGUGCGUGUUUGUCUGGUUAAACUAAAGGAGCACUUGAGGAUCAAAUACCACUGGAUCACACCGUAUUUACAAGCCUUUUUGUUUUGUUUGUUUUAAUGUUGCAUUACAUUUGGGAUUUUACAGCCCCUUCUUCCACCACCUCCACUCCACACUCCCGUCAAGUCUUUGUGAGAUGAGAUGUAUAAUCCUGCCUGAACGGCAGCAAAUUAAAGAGCUUUACUGUGGAGAUCUCCUGUAGAUACUGUGAUAAAAACAAAAAUAUUUGUUUUGUUUUUUGAUUUUGAUUUUUACUUUUUUUUUUCCCCUCUGCUCUAUGGUUUUAUGAUUUCACUGCCCUGUGGGGUUCUGUUUGCCAUAAGGAUACAGUACCUCACACAAGCAUUAUAUACAUGACGUGCACAUUAAAAACAAGUUCUGGCAUGACCUGA